CUGGCCACACACACAGCUUGACCCAUGGUUGACCGCCCCCCUUUCCCCGACACAAGCUCUCCUGGAACACAUUCGACGAAAGCUACAGCAGUGGGCGUUGAUCGGCGGGAAGAAGAACGAGGCGCACACCCCUGCGACUGCUCGCGCGAAGCAUGGCAUCAUCUGCAGAAAGGAGGGAGAAGUGCCGUCAGCUUUGCAUCAUGGCGGUUAUGUGCUUGAAGCUGCAGUGCGACAUGUGGGCAGCAACCAUGACGCACGCGGCGGACCAGGAGAGCGAGGAAGAUGAUUUCCUCGAUCACACGGCGCGGACGAGGACGUCUGUUGAGCCAAUAAGCAACGAGGAGGGGACUGAUUCUUCCAAGAAAAAAAUGGAAGACAUCGGUAGUGGCAAGAGAAGGAAGAGGGCCCGCAAAAGCUCCACCACAGUGGCGAAAAGGACUCGCGGUAGAGGAGCUGAGCCGGGCGUAAAAGCAGCUAAGCCGGAUGAAAAAACACCGACACGGUGGUGGCUCUGGACCAGCGGAGGACGGCACUUCGGGAGCGCGAGAGCAAGAUUAAGGAGCUCAGGGACGCGUGCCAGGACGCCAGGAUAGCGAGAGGCGAUGGGACCGCUACACCGGGCGCCGUGCGCAAAGCGUGGAGACGUUACCAAGAUUUUCUUGCUGAAGAGGACGCGUAGGUUUGGAUGUUUAGUCUACGCAGAAAAAUUGAUGAAGUAAACAUAUGGGAUAAAGUAUUCAAUCCGUGCUUUGGGGUUAGGGUUCGGGUUAGGGGUAGGGUCUGCGUGCCCCCUCCAUUUUCUUUUUCUAGAUGCUCUUGAAAUUUCUGCGUAGGGGGUCCGUUUGGAUGCCACGUGUUCACGGCUGACUGCUUCAUCGUUGGAUGUUGCUGGCAGGGAAAGCGACAUAAAUUGUAUUUGUCUAUGUUGAAGGGGGUACCAAUCCCGGGGAGAUUUGCUGAGUAUCUUUUCUGUUUUUGGUCGUCAACCCGGGGUGUGUAGGUAUCCUUCUGCACGAAUCGCAAAUGCCAUUCGAAUCGCCCGUUAAUUUGUGUUUAGGGAUUGCAACGUGACGAUUCUUCUUGUCCCUGUGGGCUCAGCGGCGUACCUGUUGUUCUUCCAUGAGGGCGGUGUUUCCUUCAGUCGAACCAACGGUCGAGGUGUAGUAGAGUUUGUAGGAACUGCCUCACGGCGGCGUCAGUUGCGCCCGUGGCAGGACGACCGACUUGUGGGUGGCACAUGCUCUCGAUUUCUAGCCGAUCGGGGAAUUCAUCGAUGUUUACGCUCGAAAUACAUUGCUGAUUUACUGGCUUCCUAUUUCCUAGAUCGGACUGAAGUUCUCUUAUUCGUAGUUUCUUGCUCGAAAAGAGAGUAAUUGAAAAAGGGGCGUGCUUGCACGCAUAUUGUCGAAGAUCUCG